UUGGAAGCGGAGUGGGAGAGAUCACCGGAUGAAAUGAGAUCAGUAACCGUAGUGGAUGCAAUGGCCUGAUGUGCCAUGAUGGGGUCAGUACCAAAGAUGCAGGGAGACCCACUGCCAGUCCACACAGCUUCUCCAAGCAGAGUUUGGGCUCUCAAAAUCAAUGAUCAGAGGCAUGAUGGUACACAAGAGUCCAUUCAGCCCCUCGCUUCUCUCUAAGGCGAAUGGAUCCUUCCUAAGGUGUGAAAUGUGUGGUGGUGCAGAAGCAAAAUACAAAUGUCCUCGCUGUCUGACCUAUUCUUGCAGCUUACCCUGUGUGAAGAAGCACAAAGCUGUGGAUGGGUGUAACGGAGUCCGGGAUAAAACAGCCUUUACACCCCUCAGUCACUUUAACGAGAUGCACCUCCUCAGUGAUUAUAGGUUUCUGGAGGACAUUGGAAGGUUGGCAGACAUCGCAAAUCGUGACCACACCGUUCACCGGCCGACAACCAGCAAAUCUCUAAACAUUAUGAAGAACAGAGCUCGGAAACAUAACAUCGACCUGAAAAUUCUACCCAUUGGGUUUACAAAAAGAAGAGAGAAUUCAAUGUAUUUCAAUAAGAAGGUGCCAAGCAGCAAGACUUUGCAAGAGUUACUGAAAAAAUAUGUUGAUCCAGUGGAGGCUGACCCAGUUAUUAGACAGAAGCUGAAGGUUUAUACAAUGGUUUCUCUCAGUGAAUUAAGAAUCUUCAUGAAGGUAGAAAAUCAGAAACAUAACUCGAUCAGAUAUUACAAGCUGAAUUCAGCUCAAAGUCUCACAGAAAACCUGAGCCACAAAACGAUUAUUGAAUAUCCUAUAUUACACAUAGUUUUGAAAAUGAACUCUCCAGAGUACAAGUUACUCAGUGAUGAAAACUCAAAUGAAGAUGCUCAGAACAGUACAGACUCCUCCUCAGAGAGUUCACUGGAGGAAGGAGAGAUCAAAGACAAUUCCGAAACACAUCCCACCAUGAAUCCACAUUGCCAAUAGCAAAGACCUCCCUGUUUGAUUAAGACUGUUGGGGUGGGGUCAGUUUCUGUAUUUGUUGGAUGUUAUGCAUUGAUGCCAACGUUGUAUUUGUAUUUUAAUUAAUUUCUUACAUUAAAUUUGUUAACAAUG